AAAACCUUCAAAAAUUGAAUACACCCUGAGCUCUAAUUUGAAGCAUCGACUCUCUGUACAGUAUAUCGUGUUCCAAUCGUCAUCCCUACUCUCCCUCUCCCUCUGUGUGCGGGAAGAAUAAUGGCUGGGAAGCAAGUAAUGGGCGACGGCGUACCGUCGAGCCUAGCCGGAAUGUCCAAAAACCAGCUUUACGACAUUAUGUCUCAGAUGAAGGCACUGAUAGCGCAGAACCAGCAACAGGCGAGACUAGUUCUCAUUCAAAAUCCGGCAUUGACUAGGGCUCUUUUUCAGGCGCAAAUCAUGCUUGGAAUGGUGCAACCCCCUCAAGCAGUUCCAACUGUUUCAUCAAGGGCAGCACAAAAUUCUCACCCAUCACCACUGUCUACGCAGCAGCCCAAUAUUCAGCCGGCUUCAUCAUUUCCUGGUCAAAUUCGUCAGAACCAGACGAGGAAGCUGCAGUUGAGCCAAACUGUAAUAUCAGGAACAUCUGUGUCUAUUCCUACCCCAGUCCCUCAAUCCCAAUCUAUGCCAUCACAACCCUUCCAAUCGGUACAACAGCCCAAGGGACCUAUUGGUGCCCAAUCAACAUCAAUGUUACUGCCACAGUCCUCUCAAGUUCCUAACAUCUCUCAACUACCUCAUCAUUCUGCUCCACAUCCACCAUCUCAUCUCCAUGCCCCGAUGCCCUCGGCCUCCACUCAAUCACAGCAGCCUAUGCAGAAUAUGGGACCUCAGUAUCCGCCUUCGCAACCACCACAGCAAACGCCAUUGCCAACUUUAUCAAGACCACAAAUUUCAAGCUUUGGUCAUCAGGUUCACCCUCAAUUAGGGCCAAAUAUGGGUUUCCAGCAUCCUGGUGGACCACCGUUGCAUCAUUCACAACACGCGUUUCAUUCUGGAAACAAGCCUCCUGCUAGCAUGGUGCCUUCAUUUCCACAGGGGCAGCCUUCUUUUCCAAGUCAUUCUUUGCUGCCAUCACUUUAUCAGGGUGGAGGUCCACAAUUAGGAAUGGAAUUCAGUCAAGCCGGAAGCACAGAGCAAACAGAUAGAGGAUCCCCGUGGAUACCUGGUUUACCUGAGAAUGCAACAGGAACACAGCUUCCAGGACCACCCGUGUUCCCUGGUCAGCUAGGCCCCGGCAAUCAGCCUCCUCCACUGCCAUCAUUGAGUCCCGAGAUGGAGAAGGCAUUACUUCAGCAAGUUAUGAGUCUCACUCCAGAACAGAUUAAUAUGCUUCCCUCUGAACAAAGGAAUCAAAUUCUUCAGUUGCAGCAAGCACUGCGUCAAUGAUAAGUUUUGCAGUUUUUGUUAUCAUUGUUGUUGCCCUGAUGGAAAUGCGACCUCUAGCUUUUCGUUUAACCAAUUGAUUGCAUAAUUUUAAUGUUAUUUACCCAUUUUAUUCUUCAACCAACCAAUUAAUUUUACAUAAUUUGGGGUCAUCACCAAAGUGGGGCCUUAGGCGAUCA